AUGCCAACGAAACAAGCCUAUAUCACUACUCGGAAACGUCAACUUCGGUCAUCUGUCUCAUCUUCAACAGCUCAGGAACUACCCUCAGCAUCCGAAACGACUUCCUCCUCAACACCAUCUACCGCAUCGGCGAGUAGUGAAAUAGAUGAGGAACCCUCAACACCUACAACUAUGACUGCUAAUACCAGUAGCGCAACAAUAACAAUAGCAGAAGACGCGUUUCCAAAUUUGGUACCUGUCAACGAUAAGUCAACUUUAUCAAUAAGAAAAUCGAAAGCGAAAGAUAAGCCACCAUCCACUACCACACCUUCUGAGAGGUGGUGUCAUAACUGCGGUACUAUGGAAACACCACGGUGGCGAUAUGGCCCGUUGGGCCCAUACACUUUCUGCAAUGCUUGCCAUUUACGUUGGAAAAGCCGAGGUGAAAAGCCCAAGCAUGACCUUGAAUUUGUUAACCAGCCUGCAUCUUCCUACCUCCUAACUGCUGCGACAACGGCAAAAACGACAACAGCAGUAUUACAGAGAAGCAGGAAAACAAUAUUAAAAAAGAGAAUCAGUUUAGAAAAUGAACAACCUGCCUUAAAAAAGUUGAAAGCAUCCAAUUCUGCCAUUGUACGGGUAGAGACCAGUACAAACGAAAAUGCCACGACGCUCAUUACAACUGAUCCUAUAAAAGCAAAAAGUAGAAUGACACGCUCCUCUCGGCAACCCCUCAUCAAUACUACCAAUGUUUCCGAAUCUGACACCAUACCCAAUGAUGAGAAUCGUGAGGAAAUGGACAAAGCAAGGAUGUUUGAUAAAGAAAUUAGCUCGCUGAUGGAGGCCUUUUUCAAUGAAAAGAUGCCACAUCUCUUGAAAAACUGCGUACAACCACGUAUAUCUUGCUCAAGAUGCCAAAGCAAUACCACACCUACGUGGCGCACAGGUCCAUUAGGUCCCGGCACUUUAUGCAAUGCUUGUGGAUUACAAUGGGCAAAAGUAGCUGGAUCAACAAAGGCAACGGAAGCAAAAAAACUUUCAACUUCAAAGAAUAAGGUGACAAAUUUAUCACCAUCAGCUACCAAAGGCAACAUGAUUCCUACUGCUAAAUCUUCUAGACCAAAAAUACCGCACCAAUUUUUGCUACAUUACAAAAAGGAAUUCCUCAAGCACGGUCUGUAUCAUGAUGAAACACGUUUUAUUACAAACUCGAUACCUACCAUAUUACAACAGUUGGCAACAACAGUUACGACCAAAACCGCUUGUGCUGAUACUACUCCAAUGACAAUGCAUACUUGUCUAUUUCCUCCUCUUCCUAUACACCAAGGUGAAUUUAGUAUAUCCAGACAACGUGAUUUUGAAUUGCCUGCAGACAUUUUACAAGAGAGAGAAUUAGGUCUUAUCCGAUCGGACCGUCAACCGCGUUUCAUUCGUAUUCGAUCCAACAUUUUCGUCGAGCGCAAACCUGCAUAUCAACAACGAGCCCUAUCGGAAGCAUCUGUCGCUGUCUGUCAAUGCGAAAGGCCUCAGCCAUCCAACGGAAGGACAGGUUGCGGUGAGGAUUGUCUUAACCGUAUGUUAUUUUAUGAGUGUGAUCCCAAAUAUUGUCCAUGUGGUGACCAAUGUUCGAAUCAACGCUUCCAACGCAAGGAAACAAAGAAAGGCCUACAAAUAUUUCAAACAGACAACCGUGGUUGGGGUUUACGUACUCUAAAACCGAUUAAAAAGGGUGAGCUGAUUAUUGAAUAUCGUGGCGAGAUCAUUUCACAAGAACUCUGUGAGGAGCGUAUGCUGACGUUGUAUGCGAAUGAAAAGAAUUUCUAUUUCCUGGAUUAUGCCAAAGGAGAAGUAAUCGAUGCGUGCACCAAAGGAACUGAAGCGAGAUUUAUCAAUCACAGCUGUCAUCCGAAUUGUCACAUAGAAAAAUGGUUGUUUCGAGGAGAAUCUCACUUUGGUGUGUUUGCCUCCAUGGAUAUUGAGCCUUAUUCGGAAUUAUUUUAUGAUUAUAAUUUCUCGACGUUUAAUGGAUCCGUUGAAAGUCAACAGCCUUGUUAUUGUGGUAGUAAAGACUGCAGAGGAACCAUUGGUAGAAAGAGCGUUAAAUAA